ACAGUAACUGUCUGUCUGUGGUUCUGUCUGUGGUUCGGUCUGUAGUUCAGUGUCUCAGUCUCUGCCCAGGUGCUGCUGUGAGGGGGACUCGAACCUGUGACCAGGUGUUUGCCGUCAUUAAAUCAGAGACUGUGCCUGAAACAUGCUGCUGUGAUUUCACCGCGGAGACUUUGAUCCUCCGGUGGCUGCUGGGAAAUAAAAGCGCCUGAUUCUCUCUGUUCGUUAAAACGUCUCUGUCUCUGGAGAAAUGUCCGCUGUCAGCUCGGACCAGAUCCCGAACCGAACCGGAGCCGAGCCGGAGCAGCAGGAGGCCGGGAUCCUGCAGCCGCAGACCGUGUUCGUCAUCCUGGACUCGGCUGAAACACUCAACCUGGUCCGAGUGGAGUCCGGUAUCGUCGCUGACAUCGAGGUCGACAGUUUGCUACCGUCAGACUGCGACACCUUCUACCAGAUCAAGAGUCAGCCAAUCAGCAUCAGUUCAUCAGCAGGAGCUUCCUCUUCUUCCUCAUCUUCAUCCUCACUGCCGUCAGCCAUGUCGUCAAGGGUUUUAAUGCGUCAGGAUCUGAUGCGUCAGCAGGCUCUGGAGGAGGAGCAGAAGGAGGCUCAGCAGCAGCUCCUCCGCUCGACUGAUGCAUCCACCCCCAUCUCUGUCUCUGUGUCCUCCUCCUGUGGACCUCCUGCUCAGGUCCCUGUGGAGGUGCUCAAGGUGCAGACUCACCUGGAGAACCCCACCAGGUAUCACAUCCAGCAGGCUCAGAGGCAGCAGGUGCGUCAGUAUCUCUCCACCGCCAAGACAGCCAAUCAGGACCCAGCUGGACUGUCACUAAGCCACUCCCCCCAUCUGGGCUCCGCCCCCAAACUACAGCUAGCUGACAUCAGCCACAAAAAGGAGAUGGAAGAGACGGUCAUCGAUGACAUCAUCAGCCUGGAAUCCAGCCUGAAUGACGAGUUUCUGACGCUGAUCGACUCUGGACUGCAGCUCGCCAACACGCUGCCGGUGUCAGGGAACAUGCUGGAUGUGUACGGCGGCAAUGGGAGGAUGGCCACACCCACCAUCACCGUUAGCAACAGUUGCCCUGCGGACCUGCACGCUGUCAAGAAGGAGCUGAGCGAGUCAGAGACCAAAGCGCUGAUCAAAGAGAGACAGAAGAAAGACAACCACAACCUCAUUGAGAGGAGGAGGAGGUUCAACAUCAAUGACCGGAUCAAAGAACUCGGAGCUCUGAUCCCCAAAUCCAGCGACCCGGAGUCGAGGUGGAACAAAGGAACCAUCCUGAAGGCGUCGGUGGAUUACAUCCGAAAACUGCAGAAGGAACAACAGCGGACUCGAGAGAUGGAGGAGAGACAGAGGAGGCUGGAGAACACCAACCACUCCCUGCUGCUCCGCAUACAGGAGUUGGAGCUUCAGGCUCGUCUCAACGGCCUCUCUUCCUCCACCUCCACCUCCUCUCUGGACCCCCAGGCUCUGCUCGCCCCCCAGCUGCCUCACCCCUUCUCCUCCUCCCCCUCCUCCCCUCUGGUGACCCCCUCCUUGGGUCUGGACGCCCUGAGCUUCGUGGAUCUGGAUGAGCCUCAGGGAGCCUCCACCGUCUUCUCCCCGGACCUGAUGUCCGAUGUGGGGCUGACGGAGCUCCACGGCCUCGGGGACAUCCUGAUGGAGGAGGGGGGAGGAGGCGUGACCUCCGACCCCCUGCUGUCCUGUGGAGCCUCGAAGACCAGCAGCAGGAGGAGCAGCUUCAGCAUGGACGAGGACCUCUGAUGACAUCAUCACACACGCUUGGAUCCUAUUGGCCAGAGCUUUAUUUCAGUCACUGAUGUCAUCCAAACAUACAACGCACAAAGGUGAUGUCACAGGGAACAACUGUGUCCUCCAUAGUAACCAUGGCAACCACUGUGAGUCUACAGUGUUACCAUGCCAACCAGUGUCCUCUAGAGUAACCAUGGUAACCACUGUGAGUCUUCAUGAUGCUUCUCAAAGUCAAGGAUGCUUCCUUGGUAGGAUGGGUCCUUCCAAGUCCUACAGAGGCUAGGCAAGACUCUUUCCGAUGAUUCGGUGAACACAGGUGUGUCUCACUGAAGAGGCCCUGCCUUCAAUUUUGGAAAUUGUGCACAAAGAAUUGUGGGUACCAAAUGCCCCCCGAGGAUACACACAUGCGUCCAUGAAAAUUUCCUGAGGGAAGGACUCUGUCCUUGAUAGAGUUCAAAGGAUCAUUGACACUGGAACAGUCCUUUGGCGGAAUUUGAUGACGUAACCUUUUUGAAAUCAGCUGUUUCAGGAUCCUUCCUCGACUUUGAGAAGCAUCAUCUACAGUGUUACCAUGGUAACCACUGUGAGUCCCACCGUGGUACUUCUGAAAGUCAAGGGUGCUUCCUUGGUAGGACAGAUCCUUCCAGGUCUGGUCCCACAGAGAUUAAGCAAGACUCAAUCCUAGGAUUCGGUGAACACACAUUGGAACAGGCCAGCGAGUGUAGCCAGGUGUGUGGCACUGAAGAGGCCCCGCCCUCAAUUUUGGGAAAUCAUACACAAAGAACUGUGGGUACUUCAUGCUGUAAGGAUACACUCAUGCAUCCUUCAAAUUCUCUGAAGGAAGGAGUCGGUCGGUCCUCGGUAGAAUUCGAUGGGUCCUUGACAUUGGAACAAUCCUUAUUGACUUUGAGAAGCACCAUCUACAGUGUUACCAGGUCAACCUGUGUCCUCCAGAGUAACCAUAGUAACCGCUGUGUCUCGGAGUGUGAUGACAGUGUGGUCUCAUCUUAAUAGCAGACCAGCCGAUUGGCUGAUAAAGAACAAGUCUCAGCUGAUUGGUUGGCAGAGACAUUUUUAUUAGAUUAAUAGAAAUGAUGAGACACUAAUCAGAAGUUUUGGAUUGUUGUCUCAUGAUCUCAUCUUAGUAACAUGAACAUCAUCAUCUCAGUUUAUCUGAUAAUUUGGACGAUUACCCCGUUUCUUCUCUUUCUGUCUGCGAUGAACUUCCUCACAAAAAGUUUUGGCUUUUUAUCCACCUUAUUCCUAAAGGGGGCGCUGCUGUAGAAAUGAUUAUAGGCAGAGGUGUAGUGGAGGUAUACACAGGUAUGUGGGGUAUGCCCACCACCUUUUCUGUCUGUUUACAGUAUACCCAACUAUCAGCCCAAAAGCCACUGGAAUAUAAAGGAGAGUAAACGCACUUCCUCUUCUGUAACCCCCCCAUCUACUAAGUAGUACAUGAACCUCAUUAUUAAGUACCCCUACUCCACUGAUUAUGAGUUCAACUUCCAGUGAUACAGCAGAAGUAGUAGAAUUAAGGGGUGGGCGAAAAUGUAAUAACAAGUAUAAGUUUUUUUAUUAUAUAAAUUAUCAAUGUCACAAAUACAAAUUUGACUUUAAACCUUUUUUUUAGUCCACUAGAUACAUUUUACUGCUGCAGUAAAAUUGGCUAAAGUGAGAUGAACAGACUGAAAACUUCAUCUUUGAGGAUAAAACAGAUGUUGACAAAGUUUUUCCUUUGGGGACAUAAUUUACAGUUAAAAAACGUAAUAAAUUGCUGUAUAUUUUAUUGCAAUACUCUGCAUAUUGCAACAUAUUUAAAAUCGCGAUAAUAUUGUAUCAUGAAAAGUAUCAUGAUAAUAUCGUAUCGUGGGGCCUGAAGUGAUUCCCACCCCAAUUAGUCGGCUGCUGAGUUCCAUCAACUGUCUGUGGUUCGUCCCAGAAGCUAACAAUCAGCAUCGGGUCUUUUUCAAAGUAAUUUGCCUCAAAUUUAGCAAGUUCUGCUUUAUUUCUAACAGAUAUUUUACCAAAGUUGAAUUAGCGUUUUUAAAAUGUCCCUGCGGAGCUCUGGCACCUUUUCCACUGUCUACGUCUGUAACAUUACUAACAGCCAGACUGAGAUAAAUUUGUUGCCUCUGAAGCAACCGUGUUGAACAGAUUGUUCCUGUAAAAAGCGGUACAGUUUUCAUGGCCUACGUAUGGAGAGGAAAAGAUUGUGGAUCGUCCCGUAAUGAAAAACAAAAUUCACUCUCCCUUACUGAAUCAAUACGGGACAUGAUUUGUUCUGUAUUUUCAUGCACACCCUACUCUAAUGUGUUCACUACGUUUUGACAUAAUUGGAAUGACAUAAAUCUGGCAUUAUAUUUCACUUAUGUUUUACUCAGGAGAACUCAGACUUAUUAAAUCAGCAGCUAUAAAAAUGUGUAAACUGUAUCGUUCAGGCAGACGAGCGGAGCAUUAGCUGGGAAACAUCACGUGUAUUUACUUUACAUGGAGCUAAAAUUAAAACUGAAUUAUGUUAAAUGUUACCCAAUACCCAAUGUGCUAGUGUCUGUUUAUGAGUUGUAAAAAAUUAUAAAUCAUCUUUUCGCAGGUGUAGAUGUUUAACGUAAACUAGCUCGGGCUCUGUUAAAUUUAACAACAUGUUAUCACAGCAAGGCGAGCUGAUUGCUAACAGGCUUGGUUGAAAACAAAAAUAACCAACACUUUGAGACAGCUGUCAGAGAUAACAGUGGUAUGAUCAUGUUACACCGUCUUAAGUGUAUUCCAUGUUUUAUUUAAGAGUUGAUCUACGACAGAGAAUUAGCGUACGAUUGUAUCAGUGGAAAACACUGGUUCAGGUUCAUUGCUGGAAGUCACACCCAUAAUUGAGGCGAGGUGUCAUCGGAGCUGGAAUAAGGUGGAUAAAAUGUUCUCAGAAAAAUGUCUGUGGUUAAAAAUGGCUUUAAAGCAACCAGCAUUAUCAUGUUAACAUUAACAGAGCCAUGUCUGGCCACGCCCCCAUCAGUGACAUCACAGUAGGUGUUUUCACCCUCAGAGGCAUCAUCUCAGUCAAAAACCCAAAGUAGAAAUCAGAUGUUUUAUCGUGUUCUUGACUGCUGAAAUGAUUCCAGCUGUUGUGAGCAGUGUGACCAGCAGGUGGCAGCAGGAGUCUUUGUUCAGGUGUGAACUCACCUGAGGUUCUGCUGAUGUCAUUUAGAAACGAAUACACAGUAAAGAUAAACAUUUUCAAGAAAAGACGUCUGUUCUGACACAAACUGUAAAUAUAAUCUGUACAUGAACACAUGAAUCUAAAAUCACUGUGUGCUGGAAACAAACUGAUGAAUCUGAUCAGGUUCAGUAUUGAUCAUUUAUUACUGAUGUUUGUGCAGAUGUUUGAGCCUCACAGGAAACAGAAGGGAAACUGUCACUCAGCAUCACCUAAAGGACUAGAGCACUAUUUUUAUUUUUUCAAAUCUCCAAAUCCUGUUGUUCAUAUCCCUGCUGAUCAAUCAUCCAUCAGUUUUUUAAUUGAUUUUCUUCCUUCCAGGUUUUAGAGAGAUCAUCCAUCACUGUUCAGUAAACGUUAUUAAUUUUGUCUUAAUCACAUUUUAAACUCUUUGAGCAUCUGUUUGACUGAGUGUCCUCUCAUUGUAAACUAACAGAGUUCAGAAACAUCUGCUAAGUUAGCUGUUAGCUGUCAUCUCCUGACUCUACAGUUCAUGCAACCAGCUGGUUAAAAGCAAGCUAACUGUUAGCUGUAACUGGACUGUAUGAAUUUUACGCUGCGUCUGAAAUCACAUAAUAUGCACUACAUAUCCAACAUGUGUACCAUCGUUCAAAAUACUUUUGUGUACAUAAACAGUAUCAGACACACUGAACUGUAAUUACAACCUCACUUCCUCAGAGCCUUCUUGGCGGUUGGAGAUACAACCAAGGCAACCCAUGCUAACCUCAGCUCUACCAGUAAUUUAAACAUAAUUUUAAAACUAUAUUACACCUAGCAAAGUCAGAAUUUAUAUUUCUUUCUUAUUUACACUUGAAUUGGCUGUAAAGCUGUUCGGCGUGAUGAUAUUCUGUUGUCUCAUUUAGCCGCUUGUUCGUCUUUCCUAAGACAGUAACUGAUGUAUUUUAUGCCGUAGAACAAACGAUAAAGUCUCUUCAGCUUGUGUUAAACUCAGAUCUUAUUUCAGACAUCUAACCAAAAAUGCAUUAAAAAAACCCACUGACUUCAAGACGAGGGAACGGAGCGCUAACAUGCUAAUUCAUUCCUUGGGCACUCUUGCUGCCUUCAAGCGGGGUAGUGUUUACUAUGUUAACGACAGAGCAUUAUUGCCAACAUUUGACCGCUAUCUCCGCCCACACAUUAACCAAACUGAAGCCGCCAUAGCUAGGAGCAAGUUAGCUAGCUAGCAAAUGCUAACACUCGCAUUAUUGUUGGUGGUAGCAAAUCAUUUCAGACCCAACAAACAUCACCGACGGCUUCAAAUCAACAACAGUUUUGGUGCUUGGUGCAAAAACAUGUAAAACUAACAGGCUCCAUGUUGUCUCCAGCCGCCAUGUCAAAAGUUGAGAUGUUUGUGACAUGGCAGAAACUAUGUCACAAAGGCCCCCGUCAUUCCACACUCAACUUUUGGACCGUUAUGAGUGUGCCAGUAGUACACUGCAUUUUCUUGUACUAGGCAGCGUGAACGCACUUAGCACACUUGUGCACUCAAAAUAUUUAGCGUUAAGUACAGAUGCACAUGAUUUGAGACACACUCAUUAUUUUAGUGCGUUAGACAGCAUGUUGGAAUUUUAGACACAGCCGUAGUCUGUAGCUGCCAAAUUAAUUUGCUGUCAGCUGUUGUAUAGCUAAAAACUUUCAUACAGUCAGUUACUGUCAGAGCGAGCUAAAGGCCUUUACAUACUCCGCAAGAGAAAUUUGUUCUGUCUCACAGGGCUGUUUGGGUGUGCAGCUUGUUCUCGACACAUCAUCUGGGCAAAACUUUUUUUGUGUGGUGUCUGAGAACUAUUGUGUGAUUGGUCAGAAAUUUGAAGUGGGCGUGGUUAAUGCGGUAAUGCUGCAGUGGGAGGGGCCUAUGAGGACUUCCCAGGAAUUCUGCACUUGAGUUUCUCAUGAAGUAUGAAAUGUCCUGGCCAAAAAGAACUUUGUUUUUGUUCUUGCCACCUCGAGAAAAAGAACAAAUUUCUCUGCUCUUGCAGGUUGUGUUCAGGGCUUAACUGUCAGCUGUUGUUGCACUGCAUUAAUAUUGUUGUGUAGCCAACUGCUACAUUAGCUAAUCAUUAGCUGUAGCUAGCUUAUAUAUCUCUGGACUCUUCAAGGUCACAGCUAACAGUUAGGUUAGCUGGGCAAAAACUGACAAGUUAGCUACAGUCUCUAUAGUUCACCACGUUAACUGCUAGCUAACUGUUGGCUACUGUCAUCGCACUGCUUACUCAUUUUAUCUACAAACUUUCACAUAGUAAGUCGUAGUAAUGUAGAGCAAGCUAACUGUUAGCUUUAGCUGGCUUUUAUCUAUGGACUGUAUUAAUUCAUCGCUUACAGCUAGCUAACUAUUGUAGUUCAGUGCCAGUUGCUAAGUUAGCUAGCUGUUAGCUGUUUUACAAACUGUUACUGAUACAAGAGGCUAGUUAACCUCGUUAACUGGUAACCGUUAGUCUGGAUCCAGCUGUUAGCAAGUCAUUGUAGCAACAAACUCUACAGUUCAUGUUGUCAUCAGUUAGCUUUGUCAUGUUCACCUGACAGAUUUAAAACUCACAUAAAUAUGAAGCAGGUCAGAGGUGAGAUGUAAACAGGUCAGUUAUCAGAUUAUAAAGGGAUUUGUUUUUAUUAAUGUUGUAUUCUGAUUUAUGUUUAUGUUUACAAACAUCAGUUUAUUGUUUAUGUGGAGCAUGUAGUCUGAAAAUGAUUCAAUAUGUUUCAUUUAGCAUCAUGUUUGUUUUUAUAGAUUCAAACUUUUAUAUAGAAAUAAAGUCAUUUAUGAAAAAUAGA